AUGAAUAUAUCUGGUCAACAACAGCCAUCAUCAUCAUCAUCGAAUGAUCAUAUGACAACAGCAGCGUCAGUUCCUCUUCCAUUAACACCUGAUGUUCUGGAUACCAACAAUUCAGAUAGACUUAAACAUCAAAGUCAACGCCUAGUUCAACACUUGAAUGGGCUAACAUCUACCACAAUGACAUCUACUUCAUCGACAAAUGUCUCGAAUGCCAACCUAUCAAGUAGCAAUGGGCAUGAAGCAACUUCGUCAAACGGAAGUAAUUCUCAUUCGCGUAAUCGUCUGACAUCAUCAUCGACUCAAACACUUCUCACCGGCUCAUCUUAUCCAUCCAAUAAUGGAAAUCUAAAUGUUCCAAGAAUAUUUACCAACAGCCAAAAAGAAGUUUUAAGGCUCAUCGGUCAGCAUUUACAAAGCGUUGGGCUAAAUAAAACAGUUGAUUUUCUUAUUCAAGAAAGUGGUUGUGUAUUAGAACAUGAACAAGCAUCAAAUUUUCGAGAAUUAAUCAUGUCUGGAAAAUGGACUGAAGCUCUUGUGGCACUUGAAAAACUUAAGCAAUAUAUUGAAGAACGUGAUGGUAUUCAACAAAUGAAAUAUUUGAUCUUGGAACAGAAAUAUUUUGAAUUAAUCGAAGAUAAUCGUUCAAUGGAUGCGCUGCAAUGUUUACGAAAUGAAAUUCAAGGAUUGAAGAUUCGUAUUGAACGAACACAUGAAUUAACAACAUUUCUAAUGUUCAAUUCCAUGAAAGAUAUGUACAGAGCAUCGAACUGGAGCGGUAAAGGUUUUGCGUCUCGGCAAAAUCUCAUGGAAAAACUACAAAAAUAUCUUCCACCUGAUAUCAUGUUACCUCCGAAACGACUCGAAACACUUCUGUCUCAAGCUGUUGAAUUACAACAAGAGCGAUGUACAUAUCAUGUUAAGCCAGGAAAACUGAAAUUGGAUGAUGUUUCAUUGCUUAAAGAUCAUGCAUGUACUAAGCAAACGUUUCCUUGUGUGACGAUACAAACAUUAACAGAUCAUUCAGAUGAAGUAUGGUUUUGUAAAUUUUCUCCCGAUGGUACUAAACUUGCAACUGGCUCAAAAGAUGGAUGUUUACAAGUCUACGAUGUGGACAUGCAAACAUACAAAAUGAAAUUACGCAAACAAUUCGAAGGACAUUCGUUUGGAAUUGGUUGUAUCGCAUGGUGUCCAUUCAGUCGCUACAUCAUCGCAUGUGGAACGGAUGAAUGCAACGAAAUAUGGAUUUGGGACGUCGAGCAAGAAGAACAACGAGCACGUAUGAAUCAUUCAUCCGAAGAUAGCCUUACUUGUGCGGCAUGGUUACCAUGUGGUCAAAGAUUUGUUUGCGGAGGAUCACGUGGACAAUUCUAUUAUUGUGAUAUUGACGGAAAUGUUAUCGACAGUUGGGAGGGUGUUCGUCUACAGUGCUUACAUGUUACAAGUGAUGGAAUUGUUCUAGCAGCUGAUGCACAAAAACGUAUUAGUUCUUAUAAAUUCGAUAGUUUAACUGAUCAACAAAUUAUUCACGAAGAUCAUCCCAUUAUGUCAUUUACAGCUAGUAAGGAUGGCCGAUUAGGACUUCUUAACAUUGCCACACAGGGUGUCCAUCUCUGGGAUUUACAUGAUAAACAAUUAGUUCGUAAAUAUCAGGGUGUAACACAAGGUCAUUAUGUGAACCAUGCCACAUUCGGCGGACCUAAUGAAGAAUUUAUUGCCAGUGGCAGUGAAGAUUCGAAAGUCUAUUUGUGGCAUCGUCGACAAGAACGUCCAAUCAUGACCUUUUCAGGCCAUACACGUACUGUAAAUUGUGUUACAUGGCAUCCAACAUUGCCAUUACUUUUUGCAUCAGCAUCUGACGAUGCUACAGUUCGCAUUUGGUCUACACCUGAACAUCAAAUGAAAACUGAAUCAUUGUCGAGCAAUGAAUCAUCAACUUGA